UGUUACAACAGCAAAGGAGCCAAGGACCGAUAAAGAUCAAACAAGUGCCCAUGUCGAAAAAGUGCCAGAAAAUAAAGACCUGACAUCAGCUAGUGUACAGAGAGAAAAAGCUGCAGUCAAGAAGACCAUGGUGGAAGUGACAACCAAGGAAAAACCCAAAGAGGUCAAGGAUCGUGAUGUGCAAGAUGUGCCUGCUAAAGUGCCAACAAAAGACAAGAAUGUUGCACCCCAGAGACUGGAUCAAAAGACUGUUGGGAAGGAGAAAGUCUACAAAGCGGCUGAGGUGCGCACUUUACAACCAGCUACACAGUCCACUACAGAGAUGUAUGAAAUCACAUCUGUUACAACAGCAAAGGAGUCAAGGACCGAUAAAGAUCAAACAAGUGCCCAUGGCAAAAUAGUGCCAGAAGACAAAGACCUGACAUCAGCUAAUGUUCAGCCAGAAAAAGCUGCAGUAGAGAAGGCCGUGGUGGAAGUGACAACCAAGGAAAAACCCAAAGAGGUCAAGGGUCGUGAUGUGCAAGAAGUGCAUGCUAAGAUAUCGACAAAAGAUAUUCCCGUUGCACCCCAGAGCCUGGAUGAAAAGACUGUUGGGAAGCAAGAAAUCCACAAAGGGGCUGAAGUAAGCAUUUUAAAAUCAGGUACACAGACCACUACUAAGGAGCAUGAAAUUGUGUCUGUAACAAUAGCAAAGAAGCCAUUAACCGGUAAAGACCAAACAAGUAUCCAGCCCAAAAAAGUGCCAGAAAACGAAGACCUGAUAUCAGCUAAUGUUCAGCCAGAAAAAGCUGCCGUGGAGAAGGCCGUGGUGGAAGUGAAGACCAAGGAAAAAUCCAAAGAGGUCAAGGAUCGUGAUGUGCAAGAAUUGCCUGCUAAAGUGCCAACAAAAGACGAGCAUGUUGCACCCCAGAGACUGGAUCAAAAGACUAUUGGGAAGGGGAAAGUCCACAAAGGGGCUGAAGUAAGCAUUUCACAGCCAGGUACACAGUCUACUAUUAAGGAGCAUGAAAUCCCAUUUGAUACAAUAGCAAAGGCACCUAGGAUUGAUGUAGAUCAAACAAAUAUCCAGGGUGAAAAAGUUCCAUUAAGUAAAGACCUGACAUCAGCUGAUGUUCAGCCAGAGAAGGCUGCAGUCAAGAUGAGCAUCGUUCAAGUGAAGACUGAGGAAAGAUCCAAAGAGGUCAAGGAUCGUGGUGUCCACGAAAAACAUGCGGAAGUGUCACCACAGGACAUGCAGGAUGCACCCAAGAGCUUUGAUGAAACGUCAGUGAAAAAGGGAGACAUUCACAUGGGUGUACAUGAAUACAAACCUGUCACAGUAGAAAAGGAAUCAAGGAUGGAAUCAAUCAAACAGUUAGAGACAGUUAAAGAAAGCAAAGAUGUAACCGCAUCUAACCUUCAGGCUGGCAAGUCUUCAAUUGAGAUGACUAGGGUAGAAGUACGAGAAACCUUCACUGAAUCCCCGUUGGAACCCAGUGUGGUCCUUAGAGCCCAAACGGAGAGUCGGGUAAUAGAUGUAAAGGGUAAAAAGAAUGAUGAGGAAAAGGAGGGGAGGAAGAGGACAAUUCCAGAUGCCGAAAAGGAAAAGAUGGCCAAGGUAGAAAUCCUUCCAACAACCUCAACUACUGCUGAAGAGAGGCUGCAGAGAAUGGAUUCACCACAGGAGCAGCUGUACAAGGCUGACAAGAGAUCACCCACAUCACUGCAGGCAGUUCAGAAAUCCUCAACUGGCAUCAUCUGGGGUGAUGUAAGCCUGCUGGAGGGAUUGCCCUCUCGAGUAAGUAAAGGUCAAGCUGGAAGUGUUGUCAAGACCGAGAAACUUGUUCUGGGGGCACCAGAAGGAUAUGCCACGAGGAGCAUGUUCACAGAAAUUCAGAUACUCUCGGGGACAGGACCCAGCAGUCAACUUACUGAGGGUAAACCACUGGAGGCUGCUUCAAGGGCUCUGAUUACUUCCACCAGUGAUUUAGACAGCCUUCUAAGCAGGCUGGUAUCUAAGGUCCUAAGCUGCAAGAACCACCCAGCUGAGCUCAAUCCAACAGCCAUGGCCCAGCAGCUGGAGGAGGCUCAGGAGUGCAGAGAGACUGCCCAGGCGCAGUUGUCAUGGCUUACUCAGCUGAAAGGAGCAGUUCCUGAGAACAAAGAAGCCCUGGAGCAUGUGGAGGACCAGUGGAGUACUGCUGUUCAGGACACAACUGCUGUCAUCCAGAGUAAAGAGGCACAGCUGCAGCUGGUGACUGAUUACUGCACACAGACCCAAGCAGCAAAGACCACACUGGAGAGACUGACUGCAGAACUGGAUGCUGUCAGAAUGUCCCCACAGGAGAGCAGCUCCAAGGAGGCAGAGCGACUGUGCGCCUUACAAAGAAGUAUGGAGGAGAAGAGAACAUUACUUGGGGACUUACUUGUUACCCAUACCAAGUUAUGUCUCCACCUCAGCUGGUCUGAACGAACAACUGCACAGACUGAACUAAAGAACAUACAAGAGAAAUGGGGUGACCUGGAAAGAGCUGUGGAGAGGACAUUGUAUCACACAAAUGUCCAUAAGAAGGAGACAAGCAGCCUUCUGUCAGUGAUAUCAGGUCUUCAAGGACAUUUGGAGAGAAUCGGCAAAGACCUUGAAGUCAAAUCUCCUUCAGCUACACAGUGGAAUUGCAAGAAGGCGCAGCAGCUGAUGGUGGCAAAUGCUGAUGUUAAAGCUGCCCAGCAAAAAUACCUUCAUUUGCAGCAGCUGUCAGAGGUGCUACUCCUCAACUCACGAAGGGAGGAGGAUACAACUAAGAUACAGCAGGGGCUUCAGAGGAUCAAAGACCAACUUUGCCACACAGAAAAACUAGUGUCCUCACAAACUCAGAGCAGCAGCAACCCCAUCAUGAAGAAAAUUAUCGUGGUGAUGAGGGACGGCUUUGCCUGGGCAAAGCAAACAGAAAGCGACAUUGAGGGCAGGAGGAAGAGGGUGGCUCUGCUUCCUGAGGAGGUGCACAGGCAGCUCAGAGAUCUGAAGAAGCUGCAGUCUGAGGUCAUGGCCAAACAGGGCCAACUGGAGUCACUGGUGGAGGAGGUGACGGAGCUACUUCCACAGCUUGACCAGGCUGAGGAGGUGCCAAUGGUGCGCUCCUCUCUGGAAUCCCUUGAAGAACUUUCAAAGUUGACUACUGAGAAGCUAGCCAGGGCUGUGAGAGAGAUAGAGUCAGGACUGCAGACCAGGGAAAAGAUGUCAGAGCAGGUUGCUGACCUGGACUCCUGGGUUUUGGCUCAUCUGCAUAGAGAUGUCUCCAGGAGUCCGGACAGUGAGCUCAGGAGCCCAGCUGAAGUCGAGCGUAGAGUUCGUCAGAUCCAAGAGACCCUGGCUGAGGCUGAGAAGCAGGCCGCUGUCUGUGAGGCUCUUUUAAUGAAGAGUAAAGACAUAGCCUCUGAACUCAGCAUCAUGGAGAACUGUCAGCUUUAUGACAAGCUCACCAACCUCCAGGAGGAUAUUAGAGCCAUCAGCAGCUACGAGAAAGCCAACAAAAACGAGCUGGACAAACUCACCCAAACUGUAGAAUCAAGCAAGAAUAACCUGGCCACUAUUGAAACAAGCUUGAGGCAGAUGUUAGUAGAUCUUAGCAGACACAGGUUCCCAAUCACAAGCGAGUCCCUGCAAGCUGUGGAGCCUUUCAAACACAUGAUUUUGGAGCACAAGUCCCAGGUUGACCUUCUGCAACCUUGGAUUCCCCGGGAAAAGUCAAGGGAAGUGUAUUCAGUCAUUUCUGAAAUCCUCAGCAAAAUGGUCACCAUGGAAAUGAAAGCCGCUGGUCAGGAGAAGUACCUGAACAAGAGGCAGUGUGUGGAGGACCUCAGGGAGAACAUUCAGGAGCAGGUCCAUCUGACCAAAGAUGACAGCAGGGAGCUGGAAGACAAGUACAAAGUCUGUCAGACCCUCCUCGCACAGCUUCCUCUUAUUAAGUAUAUGACGAAAGACGCUGGCUCCAAGCUCCAGAUGAUCUCUGCUGACCUGUACCCCUCACAGCUGAGCACAGAGCAACAGAGACUGAAACAAAACAUCAAGAGCCUUGACACCUUGGAGAUGACGCUCUACAACAACCUCAGCAUUAUUGAGUGGAACCUGCUGAAGGAUCUGGACCUCAACUCAGAAAAGGCAACCACCCAAGAGUUUCUCCGGAAGACCCUGAAGGAGUUCCAAAAACUCCCUGUGUUGGAGCCAGAUGAAACAGUAAUCGACAAUGAAUACCAGAGAGUAAUCUCUUUGAGAAAGACUGUUGAUUCAAAAAUGAGAGCGCUGGAGGUUCUGGAGCAAAAGAAGGGAAACAAACGAGGAAGUGGAUCCAAAGAUCUGAUGGACUUGAAGAACGCAGUCCUCAGUGAAUGUGACUCACAAAUGGAGAAAAUCUCCCAGGCCAAGGAGUCUCUGAGAGGCUACACAUGUUCUGUUAGACAGGCAGCACAAUUCCUGAGGGACAUCGAGGUCUCCCUGCUGCCGCCACAGGGUUCAGCUGGACUCUGCGCCGAACGGCUGGAGGAGACCCAGCAGGCUUUGGUUUCGCUGCAGCAACAGUUUCAGACUCAUGUGGAGCAGCUCCAGCGUCAGACUGCCCUGCAUCCUUACCUGUGCCCCCAGAAGGUGGAGCAACUCCAGGAGAAUAUUCUGAGCCAGCUCCUGGUGAGGAUGUCUACACUCCAGGCGAAGGGCCACCUGCGACUGGAGCGUCUCAGCAGUUGUGCAGAACAUCACAGAAAAUACAGCAAGUGCCAAGAUGAAAUCAUCCAGAGUGUGAAGAGCGCAGAGAACAGCCUCUCACAGUUCAUCUGUCAAAAGGUCACCUGUCUCGCUGACUGCACUGACCAGCAAACCAAGCUUGGAGUGCUGUCUGAGGAGGUGGAGUCCCUGCAGAAGAAACUAGAGGAGCUUAAAGAGUGGUGCCCAGAGCAGAGCUGUCGUGGAGGCAGGGAGGCCACCGUGGCUGCUAUCUGGAAACGUGUAUCAAGACUACGUCGCUGCACACAAGAGCUGACAACUCGGAGUAAGCAGAGGAUCGCAGAAUGGAGCGAAAUAACCAACAGUGUGGAGAAGGCCUCCACUCUCCUGGAGCAGGUGGAGGCGGAGCUACCAGACAGCUCCCGGAUGAAGGCUUCCACUGAGGACCUUCAGGACCUGCUGCAGUCCUGGGAACAGUACCAGGACAGACUGGACUGCGAACACAGAGCCCUGUCCGCACUGGAACUGCGCACGGCCCGGCUGCAGUGUGUUCCCGCCCACCUGGAGCAGGCUCCUCCCACUCCACUCUGUCAGCAGCUUCAGGCGAUGCAGGGGCGCUAUGGCAGUGUGAAGCAGAGGAGCAGGGAGGGUCUGAAGGCAGCCAGGAUGGAGCUGGAGGAGAGAGAAAAGGUCAGAGAGGAGCUGCAGGGCGUGCGGGUUUGGCUGCAGGCUGCAGAUGGUCUUCUGUCCCAGAUGGAGCACAGCAGCAGCACACAGGAGCUUCAGGAGGUUCACAGCCAGCUGUGUAACCAGAAGGCUUUGCUCCAGCGCAUCAUGGAGAGCCUGAAGAUGAAGUACUCCGACAUGUACACUCUGGUCCCGGUCGAGAUCGAUGGCCAGCUACAGGAGGUCAAACAGUCGCUGCAGCAGGUGGAAGUAAAGGUGGGAGAGGCUGUGGAGAAGAGUGGUCCCGUCCACAGACUCGGGGCAAAGCUGUCUGAGAUCCAGGCCGGCCUGAUGUCAGUCCAGAAAAGACUUGAACAGAGAAGCCCUAAUGUGACUCAAGCAAAGAUCACCCAGAAGCGUGUGUGGGACGAGCUGGACGUGUGGCACUCGUGUUUGGCGGCGCUGGAGGUGGACAUGCAGGACUUGGAGAAGCCAGAGGAGGCGCUGGCCCUCACUGAGAGACUUGUGGAGGUCCAGCAGCUUCACUCCCGUCUGGCCAAACAGGCGGAGCAGAGGACCACCCUCCUCAGCAAGAUCCACACGUGGCUUCAGCAGCAUCAGGAGAUGAUCACCAGCUCUAAAACCUGGAUGGCUGAGGCCAAGUCGUGGCUCGCCACCCCUUGUAUCUACACCACCUCUAAAUGUCUGAGCAGCCAUGUUCGCACUCUGCAGAUGGUGUUGGAUGACUCGGCACAGAUCCGAACCACCCUGCAGGGAUUCAGCUCGGUCCUGAAGGAAAUGUCACCAGUUUGUGACAUCACAACUCUCCAGGAACAGCUGAUCGAAGCCGAUCAACAAGUGGCUAACGUUCAAGACAGCUUCACCGCUCCUCUGUCUCAGCUGGGGCACGCUGCUGAUGAGGUGGAAGCCAUUGAAAGUGAAGUCAAACGGAUGGAGAGUGAUGUAGCUGAGGUGAAGACCUUUUUAUCAUCUCCAGAGACUUUCCCCAGCCCCAGAGAAGAAAGUCUCAAGGCUGUCGAGCAGAAGAUCCAGUCCAUGAGGAGGACAGUAGCUGAGAUCCAGAAGUGCAAACCCGGUCUUUGUCUGCCAGAGAAGGCUGAAGAGACUCUGACUGUCUUUGGUGUAGUGGAUCAGCUCCAGACUCUGCUGCUGGAACUGGAGAAGAAGGUCCCUGCUCUGUUCAUCCAGCAGCCUCCCACUCCGGUCCAGGCCAAAGCUCCAUCAGCUCAACAGCAGACCUCUCCACCUCAACUCCUGAAACCCACUUCAGAGGAGGCUGAGAAGGACGACGUGGACCAAGGCGAAAUCAGAAUUGUCCGUGUUAAAGAGGACCUACUGAAGAGAACCGGAGCGUCGCUGCAGACUGUGGAGCAGUCCUCACCUGAACAGAGAUGGUCCAUGACAUCUGAAAGCACUCAGCAGUGGGAGCAUCAGGGCGUGCUCCAGGCUGAAGAAGCCACAGAGAAAACAGAGAGUCAAGAGCAGAGAGUGGAAGAAGGUGGAGGAGGUGUUUUAUGGUGGCUCUGGGAUGCUUUCCUGGGCGCUUCGCCAGAGGAACCUAUGGUUGUUGUCCCACAAGAGACUGAAGGUGCCACUGAACAAACCACUGAACAGACUGGAGAAGUUAGACAGGAUGUUGAGGGCCCCACUGACACCACAGAAGCAAGUUCGUCCGAAGCUUUAUCAAAACCUGCGGGCACAGUCAGAACUCAGUCACAGCCUGAGAGCAUGGUAAACACAGCCUCCUCCAAACCCGACUCUGGGCAGCAGCAGAAAUGUGUAGUCUCCUAGAUGUAGAACUUGUAUGAUUAGAACUUCUCACUUUUGAUCUAAGCAUUGAACUUCCAGCUUUUUCUAGAGCCGUGUGCUGAAGCUCCCUCUCUGGGAGCAGACCUAGAUAGUUCUGCCUGCUCUAGAAUCAGCCUUUGACUUUGAGUUUUCUCUUGACUCCGUUCAUUCUAAAACCAAUCGUAGAACUUCAGAGCUCUUCUAAAACCUUCUCUAGAAUCUCUGUUUCAUUCAGACCUGUCAUUUCUUCUAGAACGAAGCCUAAAACAUAAAUGUUUACAACCUAUGUUAGAUCUCACAAUCUCUUCUAGACUCAACAUUAGAACUCCUUAGAACGAGGCCUAACUUUAAAGUUUCCUCUAGAAUGUUAUAGAGGAAACUUUGAACUCCCCGUUCUUCUAGAACGAACAAAUACAGAGUUUUUUCUUAAGUUCUUAGUUUAUAAUUCCAAGUUCACCUGGGUAUAAGUCUAGAGCUCAAUAGUCUAGAUGCAGUACAACCUAUUCUAGACCUCCCAAGAUCUCUAGAUUUAACCAUAGAACUGAAUUCUAGAUCUAAGUUCUUGAGCUCUGUCUAUAAUGCCUAAUUCUCAUAGACACAAGUCUAGAGCUCGCUCAUCUAGAGACAGUACACCCAUUCUAGAUCUCCCAAGAUCUUGUAGAUCAAAUCAUAAAACUUUGUGUCUUCCAGACUCAAGUCUGGAUCUAAGUUCUAGAGCUCUGUCUAUAAUACCUGCUUCUCAUUGACAAGUCUAGAGUUCACUAAUCUAGACACAGUUCAACCCAUUCUAGAUCUCCCAAGAUCUUGAAUAUUAAACUUUGUUUAAAAAAUGAUUAAUAAAUCUACUUUCUCAAUGUCUUCUGGAGUCAAGCCUAGAUCUAAGAAUCCAUCUCGAAUCUUGUCAAACAAGCACUGGAACUCCCACAGUGCUUUCUGUAGAACACUGGGACUCCCAAAUUCUUCUAGACCAAAGUCUAUAACCCUUCCUCUAUACUCAGAUCUAGAGCUCAAUCUGGCUUGUGAAACCACCUUAGCCUUGAAACCACCAUCCUCUGGUCUAAUAGAACCAAACCAAGAACACCAUUUUGUUUUUCUAGAUCUCCCAUCUUCUAGCUCUAACUGUAGAACUUCUAGUAACCCUUUAGAAUUCUCGUAGAACAAGACCUGGAACUUGCUUUUGACUUUUUCUAGAGCUAUUUCUCGACAACCAAUCUGAGAACUCUUAUACACUUUUAGAACUAAAUCUAGAACCUUCAGUUUCCUAGAACCAUGUGUAGAGCGCCUGAGAUAUUCUAGCGCCAAACCAGAUUUCUGGGUUCCUCUUGAAAUGUCUCAACCGUCAGUGCAUUUACAUGGCAGAAGUUCUAGAUUUUGGCUUCCAGCAGUUCAGAGCUGUUUGUUUACAUUUGAAAUUUAAAUGUUUCUCCCUGCAGUAUAAAAUAGAGGGCAGGACUAAGUACUCAAAAAAAAAAGGUGUGUGCCAAAGACGUACUUAUUCCAGACUUGUGUGUUUACAUGAAGGACUACUGAGUUUUUCUAUUCUCUGAAUAAUUCUGCGUAUUCAUUGACAAGUGGUCACCACUAAGAUGUGAGAAGUGGUUGACAGGGUGACAGUUACUCUUUUACCAAAAACAUAAAUCAGACUGGUGAUAUUUAGCAUGCGUGGGUGGAUGGUUUUUGGUCUGAAAUAAGCUUUUGCAUGGACCUUAAUUCUGAUGGGUUAAAAUGUUUUUAUAAAAGGCAAAAAAGUGUACUAAUAGUCAUACUGUGUGAACCAUGUUUUUAUAAUGUAUCAUAUAGGGAAUGGUGAUUCAAAAUAGUUAAAACCUUUUGUUGUUGAUCUUUCAUUUACUCUCUGAGCUCAUUUACCAGCAAAUGCAGAGCAUAUUUGUCAAAAUAAACUUGCUUGCUUACAUGCAUCUGGCUUUUAAAUUUCCAUAAGCUGAACAUAACAUUACAUUGUUGUUUACAGAGUUGAUUGAUUAACUGGGUAAUUAUUACGUCAUUAAAAUUGCUCAGUCACUGCCUGGCAGCAGGAGAGUGUGGAGAAAGAUUCCCGCUUUGUUAUGAAUCAGCAUAUUAACCUUCUCUCUCUACAAUGCAGAUUUUGUACUUAAGAAUAGUUACUUUUUCUAAGAUUACUGUUGGCCAUGAAAAUGCACUGGUUUGACAUGAUUACUGAUUAACACGCCACUGUUGGCAGGUGAAAACAAUAUAACUCCAAAUUUAUCUUUAGUUUAAUUUAACUUAAAAGAUUAUACUAAAAUAAUCAAAAACAGAUGUUACUUGUGCAAGAUCCUUAAAGGCUCAUUUUUCCAUUUAUAUAAAUUUAAGACGGCAACAACACCAAAGAAGCCGCCAUUUUUGGAGAUACAAAGUUUUCACCUGGAAUCAGCGGUACUGAGAUGUCUUAAGUUACAUGGCAUGUGAUGUACCUGUACAUUGUUAUACUUUUUGUCUUUCCAUUCUGUCUACAUAUCCAAACAAGCACAAAUACAAAUAAACCCACAUCAGUGAUCCACUC